AAGGGUGCGCUUUCUAAAUUUUGGGCAGCAUACAAAACUCUAUCUGGCGAGUACGAUGACGACAUGUUAGAGAGGUGCAAUGAAAAUAUGCAGAUAGUCCAGAUCUUUUCUGGUCUAUUCGCCAUUGUCAAUACCGCGUUCAUCAUUGCAAUUCAGCCAAAUCCUAUUGACACCACCAAUGCUCUGUUGGUACAGCUUAUCCAGAACACAACAAUCUGUUGUUCUGCUACCCCGCCAACGAGCCUUCCGCCAUCUACAGGUCCGUCUUCUUCCAAACUAUGGAUGCAGGCCCUUGCGUAUGCGAGCCUUGGAUUUAAUCUUCUCGCUGCCUAUGGCGCUAUCAUGGGCAAGCAAUGG